GUUACGCAGACCUUGCGCGGAGUUUAGAAACUGUACACACAGCGGUGGCGGGAGAUGUUGAACGGAGCAAGGCAGAGGCAAUAGCGUUGGUUUGAUAUUUCAGGAUAAAGUAGGACAAGCAGAAGCAGUUUGGACAGGAGUCGCCUUCGCUGGAGGGAAACGCAAAGAUGGAUGAUUUCGGCGUUUAUGCGGUUUUCGGAGUGAACGGUCCGCCUCAGAAGCUGCUGAGUGCCGGUGGGUCGUGCAGGGUGUGUGUUGCAGUUCCCCCGACUGUCCACCAGGUGGUGCUGUUCAGCAGCGGGCCGUGGGGGGAUAGGAUCUGCGUCAACGCGGAGCUCAAUGAUGCUAACCGGAUACCCAUCACUAUCGGCAAACUGACUCCCUACAACAGAUGUCUGUCAUGGGAGCAGUGGGAAGAGGAGACGUGGACAGACAGUGUCACACUGAAUAUCAGUCUGGAGGGAGGCAGCCUGACAAAAGCAGAUUGGUCAGAACCAGAACUCAUCCUGGCUGUGAAGGAAUACACACCGAAGGACACUGUGGCUCCCCUUGCAGCCCGAGAGCUCAACGGCAAGAGGAAGAGAGGACGAAUGGCGGAGGAAGACCGUGACGAGAGUAAGGUGACAAAGAGAGAGGAAGAAGAGAACGUGUGUCCAAAUGGUACCGUGGAGAAGACCACACCUGUACGAAAAGCCAGAGGGCAAACCAAAGGGGGGCAGAAGCUGUUCAGUAGUGGAGGAGCUGAUGGCGCGGGAGAAGCACAGGGGAUUGUGGGAAGAACGCCUCCUCAGAGCGCAGCCAGGACAAAGAGUAGGCAGGCCAAGACUCCCACACAGACCGCCCCCCUGGUUAGCCCGUCAGGUCGCUGGGGUCAGACUCUGUGUCCCAUCGAUGCUCAGACAGCAAUUCUGAUUGGAGGACAGGGAGCCAGGAUGCAGUUCUGCAAGGAUCCCAUGUGGAAGCUCUGCACAGAGGACAUGUCCUGGGUGGCUGCGGAGACUCUGGCAGAGGGUCCGACCCCUGAGGCCAGGAUCGGCCACACAGCCGUCUACGACCCCGACUCAAAGCGGAUCUUUGUGUUUGGAGGCUCUAAGAACAAGAAAUGGUUCAACGACGUCCACAUCCUGGACACACAGAGCUGGAAGUGGACCAUGGUGGAGGCUCAAGGUAAGGUUCCCCCUCUGGCCUACCACAGCUGCAGUAUGUUUCGGGGUGAACUCUUCGUGCUGGGAGGGGUGUUUCCUCGUCCAAACCCGGAGCCCGACGGCUGCAGUGACUCGCUGUACAUCUUCGAUCCCCAGCUCUCCAUCUGGUACCAACCCAUUGUGACAGGCGACCAACCCUCCCCCCGCUCAGGUCACUCUGCCUGUGUGAUGCAGGAGAGGAAGAUCUAUGUAUUUGGUGGAUGGGACACUCCUGUCUGCUACAAUGACAUGUACAUGUUGGACCUUGGUCUGAUGGAAUUUUCUGCUGUGAAAACAACUGGGAAAGCCCCCUCUCCUCGGAGCUGGCAUGGCAGUGCUGUGCUUUCAGACACAAAGUUUCUGAUCCAUGGAGGUUACAAUGGAAACAACGCUCUCAGUGACACCUUCAUCUUUGAUAUAGACACCAACAGCUGGACAGAGGUGACGCUCCCUCAGCUCUCCGUCCCAAGGGCGGGGCACUCCCUCAUCACCAUGGAUACAGCCAGUCUCCACCGUUUCUCAGGGGAGGACGAAGACGCGGACGUGGACCCAGGCUUCGUCGGCAGAACGCUGCUGGUGUUCGGAGGCGGAGACAACGAGGGCAACUUCUACUCCGACCUGACGACUGUCGCUGUGGAGGAACUGCUCGGUGCUAUUUAAAGAGGGUGAGUCAGAGGUGAAUCCUCACUCCCUGACUGGAUGUGAAGCUAUUUCAACACCCCCACAUUGCCCUUUUAUUAUUUAUAUUCCUAUAGUUUGUCUUUUUUUCUUUUGUUGAAUGAUCUCUUUCUUCUUUCACUGAUGUUUCUUUUUCAAAGAGUUUUUACAGUUUUAUUUCUGAAAAAUGUGCAUGGAACAUUUGGGCAUUUUCUUGAAUUUCAAUCUCAGAAAAUAUUUAAAUAUAAAUUUUUGGAAAUUAAAACAAACUUUAAAGAAUAUUGGGAUUUUUUUUUCUUUUUUAUAAUAGGAACAAAGAUCUUUGUUUUAAACGUAAAACAGUUCAGAUCAGGUCAUUUAGGAUUUUCUUUCAGUUUUAUGUACAUAGUUUAAAGCCUCAAGUUCUUCCUCAGGUACAAAUUAUAUUUUAAUUUUGAAAAAUUAAAUAUGUGUCUUUUUUUUUUGUUUGUUUUUUAUAAAUAACUGAGUCUUUCACUACCACUGGUCAUUUGGAAUAUGCUGAAUAUGCUCCGGACAGCUGCAAAUACAUAAACCGUAUUUUAUUAUGUUCAAACUUAUCAUCUUCAAACUUGAUUUAGUUGAAAAAUCUCUACUCAUGUUUCUGUUUGGUUCAGUUUUGCACUUGGCUCCUGUCUUUACUUAAUAAACGAAUUAAUAAAUUCGAUAAAUUCGAUAAAUUUGAUGCAUGAUGUUAUUCUGGACAUUACCGUCCCUACAGAGACAGUAAGUUUUCAGUCUGACAUAAAACUGUAAGGUGUCAAACCAAUGUAAAUUAAAUGAGGUAUCAUACUUUAAAGAGAAAGACCUCUUAAUAACAUCCCUGUUGGCCCAGUAACUCAACACUAACAUGGGCUAAUGUCAGACGAGCAGAGCCACUGAUGUUAUCUUCAAAGAGUCAGAGCUAAGUGCAGACAUUUUAAUAAAAGAGAAGUGGAGCUUGAGAGGGAUAAUCUUUGUUUCCACUGAACAGCUGAUAAGGGUGUCAUGGAUGUGGCCGUUUUUUUAGCUUUAAUAUUUUGACAGGAUUAUAUGGUACAGACAGACUUGUGUUUGGUACCAGGUGGUUCACACACGUCAGUGAAUCCCCACUUUUAGCAGUGAAGUGUUCUCAGCACGUCCUUGCUCUCAGGGCUGUAGCUGCUGUUGAGGACACUUGUUUUCUGGUAAAAUAUAUAUAUACCCUUGGAGGGAACAUUUUAUGCAGCUGCGGCACAUGUAAUGUUUCUGUUUAUAGAAACCAUUUAAUUACAAAAAAACACCAACACAGUAUGGGGACAUUAUAUUCUAGUUAGAAUAGAAUUUAAUGCCUGAUAGUUAGAAACUAAUAUGGAAGUGGAGUGUGUGUCAUAUGCUGACAGAGUCUGAGUCCUGUGGCCAGGUAGUAACUGUGACCUCCUCACCUCCUUCACCUCAGCGGAGUCAGGAAAGCCCAAAUAAAGAUGGAAAAAAAAUCCUGGAAAAAGCUUGGGACAGUGUGAGUCAAAGAACAAGAGAGACCACGUUUAUUUUCUACUAUUUUGCUAUCUUUCUAGAAAACAGACUGGCGAGAUCAGUUGAUAAUGUUUUCACCUACUCUGGUGGCAUUUCCUCUGGUGAUGCAAAGGAAGUCUGGCUUCCUCGAAAUAUUCAAUCAAAAACAAAUCAGUUUCCUUGUUUCCCUUUAUAAGACUUGUGGAAACGUGGCUUUUUCCAAUUGAUUCUUUCACUGCAAAUUAUUAACUAUUCACUGCCCUUAAUAAGCUGUGAAGUAAUUCCUCAUUACUUUUGUCAUAAUUGAAGGUAAAGUAAAAUGCAUUGUAAUAAAAAUCGUUACUGGGAUAUUAAAUUACUUUUUGUCAAUUUUUCCUGCCCCAACAUAUCUGCAAAUACUUUUAAGGUGAAAGUAGGUUUAUCUCUGCAGUCUCUGCAGAGAAAAGCAUUGGCUACGUAUUAAAGAUAACAGUUCUUACAGUCUCAAUCUGGCCG